GGGGUCAGAGUCUACGUGGUGAGGUAUGGAACCACUAACCCGGUUGUACACUUAUCACCAUGGUUGGGACCCGUAGUGGGUUAGAGACUAGCCCCUAUAGUAAGGAGCAGCAAGAAAAGAUGGCCGCCUUAGUCAGAGAGAACAGGGAGAGGAAAGAGCAUGAGAAGCAAGCGAAGCUAAAGGCUAUCGCAGACGAGCAGGCGGCGAAGAUGAAGAGGUUAGAGGAGGAGACGAAGAGAGUACAACAAGAGGAGGAAGAAAGAAGAAAAGUUGCUGAAGCAAAAGCGGCAGCAGAAGAAGAGAAAGAGAGAAUGAGAAUUGAGAGUGGAGAAGGGAGCAGUGGUGGCACGAUGAAGUGGGAGACACACACUGACCUGGAGAAGAAGAUCAGCGAGUGGGUCGCUAAUUUAACGUUGGGGGAAGACGAGGAGGCAGAGUCACAUGUGACUAAGGAUGAGAAGGCUGCGCUGGCCACUGAGCUAGCAGCCAUGACGGACCCGAUGGAACGAAGAGAGAGGGAAGACGAGCAAAAGUUAGCAUGGAAGCUGAGAAUGAAGAGGGAGAAGAAGAGGAGGAGAGAGGAAGUGAAUAAGAUGACCGCAGCAGUGGCAAAGGUGCAGGAGUGUAGAGCGGAGGUGCUGGCCCAGCCAGAUGAUGAGGCCAAGUGGGACAAGGUACUGGGCUACCUAGAGGUGUUGAGCAAGGCAUGGAUGGAGGAGCGCUAGGCAAGCUGGAGCCAGGAUGUAGCGUUGAGUGCCAUGCGGUCCGGUUUCAGGGAUUUUGCGCGCGAAAUCG